GGGGAGCCGAGGGCCGUGCACUUUGCCCUCGUAGUGCGAGCCAACUGAGAGCGAGGAGCCCGCGGCGGGCGGCGGGGACGCGCCCGGUGGUCUAGAAGUGCUCCGAGAGUGCCCCGGGGCGGUGGGCAGCGCCGGUCCCCGGGCUCGAGCGAGGUGCGGUUCGCCCGGCGGCCCCCGGUGCCCGGAUGUCCGUCAGGCUCGGCGCGAGCCGUGGCUCCGGGGGGCGGAGGCGGCGCUGAGGUCGCGGAGCUGAGGACGCAGCGGCCGGGAGCUGAGCGUCCGCGCGCCUGGGGCGUCCGCUGAGCAGCGUCGCCGAGGGCUGCGGUCGAUGGAGAGCGCGGCGCGGGCGGAGAGGCCCGCGGGCCGAGGGCUCUGAUGGACACGGGACGCCGGACUGUGUGAGCCGAGCCAUGGCAGCCCACUCCAGCUUGUACAAUGAAGAUAGAAACCUGCUUCGGAUUCGAGAGAAGGAGAGACGCAAUCAAGAAGCUCACCAAGAGAAAGAGGUGUUCGCUGAGAAGACACCGCUGUUUGGAGAGCCCUACAAGACGGCUAAAGGCGAUGAGUUGUCGAGUCGCAUACAGAACAUGCUAGGUGACUAUGAGGAGAUGAAGGAGUUUCUGAGCGCCAAGUCUUGCCCUCAGCGGCUGGAGGGCGCGGAAGACAGGCCAGGGAAGCCGAGAUACCCUUCGCUUCAUGACAGGGGGAACAGCCUUGCCUCCCACUCCUUCCGCACACAUGUCUACCACCAGCCUAUUCCUACUUCUGCCCCUGGGUCACUUUCUGUCGGUAACAUUAGCCACAGUCCAAAGAUGGCGCCGCCAAGGAUGGAACCAGUGCCAAGUCUCCACGCCAAAAGCUAUGGCCCGCCCGACAGCCAGCGUCUGACUCAAGAUCGCCUCAGUCAGGAAGGGCACUGUUCCAGCCACAGAAAGUAUGACCGCAGAGCUGAUGGUGACUCAGCUUCGGAGAUGAAGCUCUCACCCUUAAUCUCCUCAUUGCCAUCCCCUGUGCCCCCUUUGUCACCUGUACAUUCCAGACUGCAAGGACCCAGCAAGGUUCCCAGCAGCAGUGGCUCUAGCAGUAAAAGCUACUGUGCAGCUGUGUCUUCCAAGGACCUGGUGGUGAAGGGUCAGGAUAACGAGACUCCUCUUGACAGUUUGGUGGCAGUUACCAGCCUCGGGGUAGCCCCUUCUCAGAUGUUUCCACCCCCUCCUCUCCCCUCCAAAAGUGUUGCGAUGCAGCAGAAGCCCACGGCGUAUGUCCGGCCCAUGGACGGUCAGGAUCAGGCUCCUAGUGAGUCCCCGGAGCUGAAGCCACCGCUGGAAGACUAUGGACAGCAGAGCUUUGAAAAGCCGGAUGCAAAGGUGCCUGCCAAGGCCAAGCUCACCAGACUGAGGAUGCCUUCACAGUCGGAGCAGACGUUCUCCAAUGAAGCUCACUGCGUUGAAGAGAUUCUGAAGGAAAUGACCCAUUCAUGGCCGCCUCCUCUGACAGCCAUACACACACCCAGUACCGCCGAGCCCUCCAGAUUUCCUUUCCCUACAAAGGAUCCUCUGCACAUCAGUUCUGCAACCCAAAGCCAAAAACAAUAUGACUCACCGUGCAAAACCCAUCCCAGUUCCCAGCAAGGAACAUCCAUGCUUGAGGAUGACCUGCAGCUCAGCGACAGUGAAGACAGCGAUACGGAACAAGCUGCAGAGAAACCUCCGUCCCCAUCUGCACCCCCAAGCGUCCCACAGCCACUUCCCGAACCAGUGGUGUCAGCACAUUCCAGUAGUGCAGAGUCAGAGAGCAGCGCUUCCGACAGCUCCUCGGACUCCGAGACUGAGAGCAGCUCCAGCGACACCGAGGAGAACGAGCCCCUCGAAACCCCGGCUCCCGAGCCCGAGCCUCCGACAACCAACAAGUGGCAGCUGGACAACUGGUUGACCAAAGUCAGCCAGCCCCCAGUGCCCCUCGAGGGUCGCGCGAGCACCGAGUCUCCACGCUGGCGCCAGGAAAGUAAGGAUGGAGACCGCAGCACCGAGCAGCCGCACCCUGAGUCCAAAGACCCUCCCCCUAAGAGCUCCAGCAAAACCCUCCGAGGUCCCACUGAGGGGCCCCAGCCUGGGAAGAGGAGCUGCCAGAAAUCCCCUGCCCAGCAGGAGCCCCCACCUCGGCAAACUAUCGGAACCAAACAACCCAGAAAACCUGCCAAGGGCUCUGGCCAGGCAGAGCCCCAGGGCAGCAGGCCUGCCGAAAGUGACCCAGGGCCCCUUCCCUAUGGCUCAAAAGAACAGACUUCCAAAGACAAACCCAAGGUGAAGACGAAAGGCAGGCCACGUGCUGUGGGCAGCAGGGAGCCUAAGCCUGAAGCACCCAUGCCUAAACCACAAGCAACUGUGCCCAAGCCACAGGCAGCUGUGCCCACCCCUAAUGAAAGGAGGAAGCACAAGGGUUCCCCGGCCCCCUCCAAGGCCCCCUCAGGCCCUCAGCCUCCAAAGGACAAUGCUGGCGACAGGAACUCAGAGCACUUUGCUCUUGUCUCGUUGACUGAGAGCCAGGGUCCACCCCACAGUGGCAGGGGCAGCAGUGGUGUCAGCGGCAUCAGGACUAGUGGCUGCCGACAGGCGGUGAUUGUCCAGGAGGACGGCCAAAAAGACAGACUCCUGGUACCCUUGAGAGACACCAAAUUGCUCUCACCGCUCAGGGACACUCAACCACCAACGAGCUUGGUGGUGAAGAUAACCCUAGACCUUCUCACUCGGAUUCCCCAGCCCCUGGGGAAGGGCGGUCACCCCAGGAAAGCGGAAGACAAGCAGCUGCUGGCGGCAAAGAAGCAGGACUCUGAGAAGAGAAGCAGCGACGGCUCCAGCCGAGUCACCAAGAAGAGAAAGGGCGACCCAGAAAAAGACCAUGACAACAAGAAAAUCAGAUUGCAGAAGGAUGUCCCCUCACAUUGUGCUUCGUCUUCGUCUUCCCACACCGAGUCUUCCAGGACGAAGACUCCCAGGCCCUCCUCGGAGUCCUCGAGAAAGGAAAUGCUUCCUCCUCCACCUGUGUCAUCCUCUUCCUCCUCCUCUUCCUCGUCGUCUUCCUCCUCCCAGAAGUCGACCAAAACUGCACACAAGAGGUCAAAGCCAGAUGCAGAAGCCUGUGAUCAGGACCCUCCCAAAAGUGCCAGCAGUACCAAGGGCAACAGGGACUCCUCCGUUCCCAAGCACAGAAAAGUGCAGGCCAGGGGCUCGGAGCACAAAGGGUCUUCUGGAGAACCCGCAAACCCGUUCCCAGUGCCUUCUUUGCCAAAUGGUAACUGUAAACCAGGGAAGCCACAAGCGAAGCCUGACAGACAGCAAGCUGAUUUUCAUAUGAAGGAGGCUAAAAAAUUGAAGUCCAAAGCAGAGGCAAUGGCGGACAAGACUGGAAAGGCCUUCAAGUAUUUGGAAGCCGUCCUGUCUUUUAUUGAGUGUGGGAUGGCUACGGAGUCAGAAAGCUCAGCAAAGGUGGCGUACGCUGUCUACUCAGAAACCAUAGACCUCAUUAGGUUCACAAUGUCACUAAAACCCUUCUCAGAUACCACGGUGCCAGCACAAGAAAAGAUAUUUGCCGUUUUAUGUUUGCGUUGCCAGUCCCUGGUGAACAUGGCGAUGUUUCGCUGUAAAAAGGACAUAGUAAUGAAGUAUUCUCGCACUCUUAGUGACCACUUCAAGAGUUCUUCCAAAGUGGCCCAGGCACCUUCUCCAUGCAUGGCAAGGAGCACAGGCGUUCCGUCCCCCCUCUCCCCAAUGCCUUCUCCUGCCAGCUCUGUGGGGUCCCAGUCAAGUGUUGGCAGUAUGGGGAGCAGUGGGGUGACGGCCACCAUCAGUACCCCAGUCACCAUCCAGAACAUGACCUCCGCCUAUGUCAACUUCACAUCCCACGUCCUUAAGGCCUUUGAUCUGUGGGAUCAGGCAGAGGCCCUUACAAAGAAGAACAAAGACUUCUUUGCUCAGCUCAGCACAAAGGUGCGUAUCUUGGCCCUCAACAGCAGCCUGGUGGACCUGGUGCACUACACAAGACAAGGUCUGCAGCGGCUGAGACAAGCUCCCAAAACUCCCUAGUACAGGCUGGGAUUACUCGAUGCCUUGGAAUGUCUUUGCACAGUGUAGACAGCUGUCCGAUUGGGAUGGCACACUCAAGAAGUGAAACACCAUGAGAUGGCCAGAAUGCUUGCCCACUCAAACUCACAAGAGCUGUGUGGCCAUCGGUUGGACGCUGGUUAGCAGAGCGGACGGUGGGAAAUGAUCUGCCUUUCCUAACGGAAGGACAGAAGUGCAAUGGAGCCUAGCUGGCACAUGGAUGGUCUGGCGACAUUUCUGUUUGUUUUUCUGUUUGUUUGAACAAUAGGAUACAAUUUGCAGAGGAAAAGACGAGAAGCAGUUUCUGGUCCACGGCAGAUUCCUGUCAUCUCAGUGGCCACAUAAGUUCACUUCCAGAAGGAAUUUUUUUUCAAAUAAUAAUUUUUGGUGAAGGGUUUUAUGGAUAUAUUUUUUCUUUUCAAGUUUUAAAGAAAAUAUUGUUUAAUAAAUUGUGAUGGCCGCCUGUAAAGCAGAAGCCGAGAAGCUCCACAGUGCUACUUCCUGCAGUGAACAGUGGUUCUGAUGACAGGUCAUCAUUUAAAGGACUGAAGGGGCCGCCCUCCCCCGCCCCCGCCCCCACUGCCUAGAGUCCUGCACUGUCUGGCUCUGACUUCCUCGGGUUCGUCCUGGAGGAGUGGCAGCGUCUAGAUCCAGGAUCCAUCUUACGGUCUCCCCCACAUCCCAGGAAGCCCUGCACUCCCUGCCUCCCGCCACCACACUCCUGGAAAGUGACUGGCUAAGCAGCACCCCUGAUUGAUUUUUACAUUUCCCGUGGUGCAUGUGGGCAAAGGGAGCCAUUGUUGUUUGCCUUGGGCGGGAGGCGGACGGACUUCCUUAUCUGUCUGCCAGAGUCCCAGGUGCCGACAGUGCCGUGGCAACUCGUGUCCUCAGUCAGCAAAAGUGAGGUCUUCCUACAGAAGCUGUAUUUUUCUGCUACAAAUUAUUUUAUAUUUAUAGCAAAACUCAACCUUCCAAAGCCCUUUGAUUAUCCAGGGGAUACUGCCUCCCCGAAAGGAUAUGGAGAUUUGGGGUUUGGAAACCCACUACCAUACACCCUCAGUCCAGACCGACUUCUCAGGUACGGUGAUUGGAUACUGAAGACCUGUGACCUUCCCCAGCCACACCCGCCCCCAUUAGUCAAGUCCACGUUGACAGAGUGAGAGCACACACGGACUUCACACCUGCCCAUAAGCACAGGCCUUUCACUGAGAGUCAGAAGUGAGUACUGGAAUGCUCUUGAGCGUAGUGGUUUUAAAAGCCAAUUCUCUACCCCUGCAGAAAGUAGAAUUUGCACGUGUUAUGACUGUUUUUCCCCUCCCCCUCUCCCUUCCCACCCAUCUCCAUUUGCUACCAGCCUUGCUGUGUUUGUAUCUAGAGAUUAGUGGAGAUGGAAGACCCAUCUUAGGGUGCCUGAUGUCCCUGGAGUGGGGGACGACUUUCUUGGUAGCUUGGUAAAUCCACACAGGGGCUGCAGGUGGGUGUGGUGCCAGGUGUUGGUGCGACACUCCUUGGCCUCUCAGCCUGCUUUGGAUGGAGCCAGAGAAAUGGCUACCCUGUGCGUCUCUGAGCACAGACUAAGACCUUCGGAGCAGUUCUUUUUAUUAAUGUUUCCUGUAAAGUUCUUGUUCACUGAGCAGAGUCUGGCUUGUGUAGUCUCAUACGGCCCUUUUCCCUUCUCCCAUGGCUGUCUGUAUCCCUUGCUGUACCGUGGAAACGAGCUGCCCGUCAGUUGUGACCGGUUCUGGUCUAGACAGAUUUUGCUAAAGCAUGUGUGUCCUGCCAGUGGCCCACUGUGCCCCUUGACUGAACACGCUCAGCCAAUGCAGAAAGAACGGGCCACCGCGUCCUUUGUACUGGAUGUGUUUUCUCAACUCUCUAUACUCCAGUUUCAUUUGUACCUUGAAAACUAAUGAAUUUGGACAGACCUGUUUGUACCAAUUUAGUGUGUAGAUGAGAAAGAGAGGGAACACAGUGGCCGGUGAGUGCUGUUGCUGUUCACUGUAGAAACCUGAAGAUCAUGUAAACAAUUUGCACUUUUCACUAUAUGCUUACAAUUCCCCAGGGCAGCACUUUCCCAAGGCGAUUCAUCCGGAAGGACUAUAAAAUGAACCCCUUGAAUGUGUGAUGCUGUAACUGUAGAAGAGUAUAUACUUCCCAGCGAGGGAGGCAGCGUGUUAAAGAGUGAAGGGCGGUCUUGCCUUACGAAGGGUGUGGACGGCCAUACAUGUAGAAGCCCUUCUAGGUCAUAAAAAAUCCGGUCGCUAGAACCGGUUGCUCUCCUUCAUGGUGCCAAGAGGGCAGGCCCCGUGGGAGCACGGAGGGGCAGGAGGGCCCAGCAUGUGCUUGUCAGUGGUCCCCUAUGAUUGCAUGGCAAGUGUAUCCUCUGGACAGAAAGGACCCCACCCACCCCUCUGUGCGCUCUAAUUCUAGGUCUUAGGACGUUUAGAGUGGGCUCUUCCCCGUCUUGACUGAAAAUGUGCCUUAACUGACACCUUAUGUAUUCAUGUCAGGGACAGGACCUCAAUCUUAGGAUUCCUGCUUAGAAAGCGCUGUGUGCUGCACAGCUACGGUCCCGAUGCGGAGGAUGAGAUUCGUCUAGACGUAUUUGUGCCUUUGUUGACCAAACAGCUUCUGAAGUGAUGCUCUUUGUUUUGCCAUGGCUUCAAGGGCUGAUGUUUACUUUGCUGCUUUGUCAAGUCUGAGGUCUGUCUAUGCAUCUUAAGGUAAAUGAGUUGGGCUUUUUCCAUACCCCCUGCAAAUCCCUCCUCUUGGUGACCUACCUUUCCCAACACUACCAAUCCACCACUUUGUUGUUCAUUCUUUCCCACUGCUUAGAGAGAUUUAAAUCUCCCGAGAAUAUUCCAGGCUCCUUUUAGAGACACGGAAGUGUAGGUUUUUCUGAGAAUGAGCCAACUGCUCUGCAGCUGUGGAGAGGGUAGGUUCCGCUUGGAUGCCUCCUUCUCCCUGCCUCCUUCUGUUGGUUUUGGUCUAUUUGGAAAUAAUGGGUGUGAGGACUUUUCCUCUGCCUUAAGGGAUGUUAAAGGGCAGAAGGGCAUGAUGUUGGGAUUUUUCCUUCAAAUUCUGUAAGUGGUAUUUCUGCCAGGUGGUCCUCCAGUGUGUGGUCCAGUCAUGCUGGCUUCCCACUGAGACCAGUCACCUGUGGCCACGCCCUUCUGAUGAUUGACAAGCACAUUUCUUCAGGCGGCUGUGAGUUUCCUAGGGGUGAAUGACACACUAUAUUCUGUUCCACUGUGCGUCCCACAUUGCAGUCACUGUGAUGACCAAAGUGCCUCUUUCCCUACCGAAGAGGGAGCCAGAGGAUGGGAAGGAAGCCUAGAGCUCCCUACGAGCCUGGAUAUUGCUACAUCUGUCCAUAGGACGGACACUGGAAUAAGGCCACUGACACGCAGGCCACGCUGCAUUGCUGGGCCGCACCAUGGUUGACCUGAGGAAGAUGAACUCGCUUUGCCUAGGUGUUUUAGCAAUACUCAAUACAGGCAGUAUUAAGUUUGCCUUUUGUUCAGGCCACGACGUGUAUUGCUAAUAUCGCACAAUCUCAUGCUGGGGGGUGUGCAUGUCUGUCCCGAAUCUUGUUUUUUUUCCUGAAUGUGAUCAUGUUUUGGAUGAUACCUGAGCAGGGUUGCCUUUUUUAUUUAUUACCAUUAUAUAUUAUAUAUUAUAUAUUUUCUUUCUUAUAAUGUUAGAGGGAAGUCAAAUCUUGGUAUUAUUAAAAUUGCUUUAAAAAGGAAUAGGUUGCCCAGGUGAUACUGCAAAUCACUGGUUUGUUUUCCUUUGAUUACCAUGGAUUACUGACUGUGCCAGCCGUCACCGACACGAUGGGUCUGUGCAGGCUGGGGAGCCUCUGCUCCCGGUGAAGGUGGAGAACAGCAGUGGGGAACACCACAUUUUUAUCAGCUUCAGCAACGAGACUGCAAACUUGGGGCUUUUGUGAAUAAAAUUUAGCUGCCUUGUAGAAUCCUUUGAAAGAGGCAGAUAUGAUCUGUGAGAAUUUUUUUUUUAAAGAAAAUCUGCAAAAGAUCUUUCCAAAGAUAAUGUGCCACAGAUCUUUUGUUCUUCUCUGUAUUGAGGAUUAAAUGCUGUUUUAAAUGUAAUUGACUUGUUCAUCUUCACAGUCUUUCCACGAGAUCAAACUGUAGAAAAAAAUAUUUAAUAAAAAUUUAGAGAAAUCAUUGGA